CUGUUCCACCCCUGUUGGGCUGGCACUAAGCUAACUCUACAGCAGCAUACCGACACACAUACACACAGAUACACUGUACCCUUAAACCUUAAUAGGCCAAUUUAGCCUGUUCGUUACGCAGAAGUAAGAAAUAUUAAACACUGUCUGUAUAGCUGUAACGUCAUUUGCGAGUGCACCGUUAGCAGGCUAACGAUAGUUGGCUGAAACUCGUGCUCUGCUGAAAACCUUCCACUGGAGGCUGCUGGACUUGACAGAUCCAGCUAUGUGAGCUGCUCUGAUGUGUGGAUUCCUAAAUCCAUACAGUGCGUGGUUGAGACGGCUCUCAAGCUGGUCUAGAGGACAACACUAUUACUGUGACAUACAUAUCCAGAAGACCUGCAGCUGAUUUAGCUGAGCAGGUGUAUGUUGGUCAAAGUUGUAGCAUAACUCCCCAGAGCUGCCUCCAUCCUCCCUUCCUCUCCCUCUGCAACCCCUCAUAGGACUACUAUGCCACUGGGAUUGGGAAGAAGGAAGAAGGCGUCCCCGCUGGUCGAGAACGAGGAAGCGGAGCCUAUCCGCGCGGGUCUCAAUGUGCCAGGUAUGGAAGGCAUCGAUGGUGGGGUCGUCGGGCUGGGAGAAGGCGCCACCUCCGAAGGCCUGCCGCCGCCACCUAACAGCAUGCGGCCUCGCCUCAUCUUCCACACCCAGCUCGCUCACGGCAGCCCCACAGGCCGCAUCGAGGGCUUCAGUAACGUGCGGGAGCUUUACGCCAAGAUUGGCGAGGCUUUUGGGAUACCACCGUCAGAGGUUAUGUUUUGCACUCUGAACACUCACAAGGUGGACAUGGAUAAACUAUUGGGAGGUCAGAUCGGGCUAGAGGACUUUAUUUUUGCCCACAUUAAAGGCCAGAGAAAGGAGAUAGAGGUGUUCAAAGGCGAGGACGCGCUGGGGUUGACGAUCACUGAUAAUGGAGCCGGCUACGCUUUCAUCAAGAGGAUCCGUGAGGGCAGCAUCAUCCACCAGAUCCAGGUCAUCAACGUGGGGGAUAUGAUAGAGUCGAUUAAUGGCCACCGCCUUAUUGGCUGUCGACACUACGAAGUGGCCAAGAUGCUGAAGGAGCUUCCCAAAGGAAAGGAGUUCACCAUCAAGCUGGUGGAGCCUCUUAAAGCCUUUGACAUGAUUAGCCAGAGAUCUGGUGGGUCUAGGUCAGCUUCAGGGGUUCAGCUGGGGACCGGCAGAGGAACCCUUCGUCUUCGCUCUAAAGGGCCUGCCACUGUGGAGGAGCUGCCCUCUGCAUUUGAGGAAAAGGCCAUCGAGAAAGUGGAUGACCUGCUCGAGAGUUAUAUGGGCAUCAGAGACAGCGAGCUGGCGGCUACCAUGGUGGAGCUGGGAAAAGACAAAAAGAACCCGGAUGAGUUUGCAGAGGCUUUAGAUGAAACCCUGGGAGACUUUGCCUUCCCCGAUGAGUUUGUUUUCGAUGUGUGGGGCGCCAUCGGAGACGCUAAGGUCGGGCGGGUUUAACGACAGAACCGAAGCAGAACAACCUGCUUUGUGUGUGUGCUUGUUACACCCACAACAUUGAGCACUACUAGAAAACCACAACACUACCGUCACGAGUUUGUUUUUAUUCCACUGCGCACUCUUUCUAUUUUUUUGAGUUUGUACUGUUUAUUUUUGUUUGUUUUUGGGAGACUCAUCCUUAAAAAUGAGGAUAAUCCAGUAAACGGGAGAGGAAGGUGACUA